CGACCGAAGAAGCUUCCACUGCCUGGAUGACAAAUGGUCCAGUUUACACUGCAUCCGUCACGUCAACUACAUCAUCGUUGGUUCCUGACGACUUUGGUGAUACGGAGGAAGUCAAAGAUGACUCUGCGGACACCAUGACGAUUGCUAUUGUUGUUGUGAUCCUUAUCCUGAUAAUUGCUACUGGCACUGGCAUUGGAGCAUUCAUGUGCAAAACUAAAAGGAAAUACAGUGUCAAUGCAGCUGUUGAUAAAGACGAUGAUGAACAGAAAAACCCAAAGUCUCAACCUGCCAAAAGAGAUCAAGAGUUUCAACUAUCGCUUUUCUCCGAGAAAACGCUCACAGAGACACGCGCUCCAAACAAUGCCCACUUUUCAUAACGUAAAAACCAAAAGGUUUCUUAGCUUUCCCAAGGCCGACUUCUAAAAGACCAACGGCGUCUGCAAAACUACAAGCCUAUUGCACCACUCUAAAAACAGGCAUGGCAUUUUGAAGCAAAGUACUUCAUGAUUAAGCAAAGGGAAGGAAUUGAAAUAAUAUUUGCAUGAGUCUAUAUCUGCUUAGUCUAAUAUAAAAAAACAAGGAUUAUCUGUAUUAUUUUUAUUGAAAAGUUAGUGUUCUUGACGUACCUAUCACUAUAAUUGUUUCAAUUCGAUUGUGUGUGUAUGUGUGUUUCAAGUUUUUUUUUAAGUUGGUUGAGUUGGCAAUGUAGAUGGGUACCUGUGUGUGUUAUUGUUGUGUUGUUCUUUAUAUUAUCAUCUCAGAAGCAUAUUUUUUUUUCUUUUGACUUCAUUAAAGUUAAAUUAAGUUUACGUUAAAGUAUUUUAGUACUUCUGAUUGCUUUGGUGAACUUCUAUAAUAUUCUAAUAAGUCUAUUUGAUCGUUUGUUUGAUAUGUUUACUCAGGCGUACUGCAGUUCAUUGUGAUAUACAUGUUUGAAACUGCAAAGUCUUAAAAAAAUAUUAAUGG